GUUAAGCCUCAAAUAAACUUUUUUAUUAUCUUCAGCUAGAACGCAAAGUCAAAAUUGAGUUCAUAUUGUAUAGUAAAAUUAAUGCAAAAACGUAUUAAUAUUUAAAAAAUAAAUCGCAUUGAAUUAUAUUAAGCAUUUGGGAUUUAGUGCGGCGCUGCGCCUUCUGAUCGUCGUAUCACAGUACCGCGAGAGCGUUUAGAGACCGUAAGGUGCAGUUUGCUCUCGAGUUGAUCUCGCGGUACUUUAAUGUCAAAUGGUGAUUAGUAUGCGCAGUAUGAAGUCAAACACGCCUUUAUUUCCUACAAAAACACAAAAUAAAUUUGUUUAGGGCCCUUGAUCGUAAAUAGUUGACUCUUAGCAGAAGAAUGUUAGCCAUUAUUUAAGAACAAUUGAAAAAUAUUGCUGCAAAUCGGGAUUCGACUUUCAUGAGAGACCUUUGAGUCACUUCCUGGUGUUGUUCAAUAAACACUGUUCAAAAUGGCGGCGCCCAUAGCGGCGAACAUGCAUGAGAGUGAAUCCAGUAUGGCAUCGUUAAAAGCUGUAUCAUCUGUUGCUCCUCUUGCUCUUCGAAUCGUGGCGGAGUGUCCCGUAAGUAAGGCGAGAGCUUGCACUCUUACUCUUCCCCACAGCACGGUCAGUACUCCGGUGUUCAUGCCGGUCGGCACCCAGGGCACCAUGAAGGGAAUCACUGCAGACCAGCUGGCGGAUCUGGACUGUCACAUAUGUCUGGGAAACACGUAUCAUCUGGGUAUGAGGCCGGGUCCUGAGUUAAUAGAGAAAGCCAAAGGAUUACAUGGAUUUAUGAAUUGGAAAAGAAAUCUUUUAACGGACAGCGGAGGUUUUCAGAUGGUGUCUCUUGUCGAACUUUCCGAAGUAACAGAGGAGGGGGUCACGUUCCGUUCGCCGUAUGAUGGCAAAGAAAUCCUCCUCACCCCUGAGCAAUCCAUAGCCAUACAGAACAGCUUGGGUUCGGAUAUCAUGAUGCAACUGGAUGAUGUGGUCAGCAGUACGGUGAAAGGGCCGCGGGUGGAAGAGGCAAUGCACCGCUCCGUGCGCUGGCUGGACCGCUGCAUCGCAGCAAACAAGAAUCCAGACAGACAGAACCUGUUCGCUAUUAUACAAGGGGGACUUGAUGCCAAACUGCGCAAGGCCUGUUUAGAUGAAAUGACAAAGCGUGAUGUACCAGGCUUUGCCAUCGGGGGUUUGAGUGGGGGAGAGGAAAAGGAUGAUUUCUGGAAGAUGGUGACUCUAAGCACAGACCACCUGCCCAGAGAAAAGCCCCGUUACCUCAUGGGAGUUGGCUAUGCACUCGAUCUGGUGGUCUGUGUUGCCUUGGGCUGUGAUAUGUUUGACUGUGUUUUCCCAACUCGUACAGCAAGAUUUGGCUCCGCUUUGGUUCCCUGGGGAUCGCUGCAGCUUAAACAGAAGCAAUAUGCUAAAGAUUUACAGCCAAUCGACCCUGACUGCCAGUGUCCCACCUGCAGGAGACACAGUCGGGCUUACCUCCACGCCCUGUUUAAGAGUGAUACUGCAGCCAUGCAUCACAUAACCAUCCAUAACAUCUCCUACCAGCUCACCCUCAUGCGAUCGGUACGUCAGAGCAUCAUAGAGAAGAGGUUUCCAGAGUUUGUGAAAGCAUUCAUGAAGAGAAUGUUCUCGUCCAGUGAGCAGUACCCCAGCUGGGCUGUAGAGGCGCUACAAUCAGUAAACAUCACUGUUAACGGAGUGGCCUAGGGCGGCUAGAUUUUUAUAGGUUUUGUGCAGUUUUUAUGCAUUUUGUUUUAACAUACCAUACGUUUUCUAAACAUGUUAAACAUUUGCUCUGUAAAUAAAAUGUUUUAUUCAAACUUUUAUGUACCGAAUCCCAAAAUGUUAAAUUAUAAUGGGUUCUAAUAUAUUUUGUCGUUUCGCGUCCGGUGUAGACGCGACAAAAACACUGAAGUGCACGAUCUAACGUUACCGAGGCUGCGUCCGAAAAAACCCACUUGCGGUCUUGGCCACUUAAGAGCGCGUGCACGCGACAGGAAGGAAGAGCUCAAGUGUGUCCAAUGUCUUUAAAAUGCCAAAGGACAGUGCGCUUAACGCACACUAAACCCACACUAUCUUGAAUACCGCUUCGGAGCGGUAUUAAGGCUAAGCGCAUCCCAACGUGCAUCACGUUCGAGAUUUGAAUUAUGAGACUUUUUGCUCGGGUUUCGCCAGAUGUUGCGGAAAGAUUUCUACUGUUUGUUAUACUACUACUUUUUAAGGUUAUAUUUUUAUUUAUUCUAUUUUUGGCUAAGUGAUUUUCUUUCGAUACAAUACAAAUAAAGCGCUUUAAAAGUAAAUCUUACUUGACUAUAUAAUUAGAUAUUACAUAUAAUUUCGAAGUAAAACGUAAUGUUACAUAUUUUAUUGGUGAAAACUCAAGAGUUAUGUAUUUAGUAAAACUCAUUUUAAUCUCAUAGUUAGAAACACCACAUCAAUUAACGUUAUAUGUUUGCACUUGCUAUAAGUGCGUCCCAUCGGGUGAGAAAUACUUAAUGCUCACUUUGCAUCUUCACGCCCACUAGGGCCAAAAACAGGAAAUACGUCAAGAAAGUAGUCAAGCGUUCAUGUGCAAAGACCGAAACUGGGGGUAUAUGGGCCCUUUCCCAAAUGGCGCAUUUCAAGUGGAUUUGCGGUCUCGUGGACUAAAUCGCGCGUGCUCGUCAAGUCUACGAAUCCGCAGGGUGUCCCAUUUGUCUUUUAAGCGCUCAGAAGUCUGCCCGCGAGCGCCUACUCUGUGCCCUCGAUGCGGUCUUGGGUGAAGCCCUCAUUAAUGGAGACUCCACUGAAGUCCCCUGCCCAGGAAUCCAUCCGAACGCCCAAUCACAGAACGGAUGUGAGGAGUGUCGUGGAUGUCAGACAUUUACGUAAACAUGACGGAUACAUUCUUAAAUGUAUUUUUUUUCAUUCUAAAUGAAUGUAUUGAUUAGUAACUUAUUCACAUUAUUGCUUUUUUAUUUUUAUUAAGCCAGCUAUUCAAGAAUAAAUACUUUUAAUGCUGUGCAUUUUCUUAC